AUGGCUUUUAAUCUCCUCAUUCAUAUUCUUACCAUCUUUCUCAUUCCAUUGUUAGUCUUUCUGAAAUUUUGGAUCAAAGCCGGUUGUAAAAGCUCUAUUCCAACAGAUUGGCCCGUGUUUCGCAUGACACCUGGAGUUCUCAAGAAUACUCAUAGAAUACAUGAAUUUGUUACAGAUGUUCUGAAAGAAUGCCAUGGUACUUUUCAGUUCAAAGGUCCGGUAUUAGCCGACUUAGACUUGCUUGUCACUUCUGAGCCUGCUAACAUCCACCAUAUCUUGAGCAAAAAUUUCACCAAUUAUCCAAAAGGCCCUGACUUUCGCAAGAUUUUUGAUAUUCUUGGAGACGGGAUUUUCAAUGCUGAUGCUCAUCUUUGGGAACUUCAUCGCAAAACUACAACCUCUCUGUUCAACAAUGCAGAGUUCUACAAGAUGUUACUAGAGUCGACGACGAAUAAAGUGAAGAAAGGGCUGAUACCAGUUCUUGAUCAUGCCUCGCGAGAUGAUAUUGAGGUGGAUUUGCAGGAGAUAUUUCAAAGGCUUACUUUUGAUAGCAUUUGUUCUCUGCUUUUGGACUAUGAUCCACAGAGCCUCUCGCUUGAGCUACCGUAUAUUUCAUGUGAGAAGGCUUUCACAGCCACUGAGGAGGCACUUCUGUACAGGCAUGUAUUGCCCGAAAGCAUUUUGAAGCUGCAAAGUGUGACUGGAUUUGGUAAAGAAAGAGGUUUGAGUAAAGCUCGAGAAGCUUUUGAUCAGUUCAUAUAUUCAUGCAUCUCCACAAAGCGCCAACAAUUACAAAUCAAAGAUUCUGUAAAGUUUUCUCCACCUGAAGGCCAUAAACUUGAUUUGCUUACAGCCUAUAUGGAAGCAUACAAAGAAAAGACCGGAAAUCCUGAAAUAUUUUUAAGGGACACUUUGUUGAAUCUAAUGCUGGCUGGAAGAGAUACCACUAGUACAGCUCUAUCUUGGUUUUUUUGGCUCCUUGCCAAGAACCCUGCAGUGGAACGCAAGAUUCUUGAAGAGAUUGACUCACAGUUGCAUUCCAAAGAAGAAAUUUGGAUGCUUUUUAGGAAAAGGGAGGACUUAGGUAAACUGGUUUAUCUACACGGAUCUUUGUGUGAGGCUUUAAGGCUCUUCCCACCAGUUGCUUUGGAGCACAAGGCUCCAAUGCAGCCAGACAUUCUUCCAAGUGGUCAUCCGGUGAAUAAGGACUCUAAAAUUGUGUUAUCCUUUUAUUCCAUGGGAAGAAUGGAGAGCAUUUGGGGAAAAGAUUGCUUAGAGUUCAAGCCAGAGAGAUGGAUAACUGAUAAAGGAGGGAUCAAACACGAGCCUUCAUACAAGUUUCCCGCAUUUAAUGCAGGGCCAAGAACUUGUUUAGGCAAGGAAAUGGCGUUCAUACAAAUGAAAAUGGUUGCGACAAGUAUUCUACAUAAUUACAAAAUCGAAGUUGUGAAGGGGCAGCAGGUAGUUCCAAGUGAUUCUGUUAUUCUGCAAAUGAAGUAUGGUUUGAAAGUCAUGGUUUCCAAAAGAAGUUCUUAG